AUGAGCGAUACCCGCGAUAGUGAGCUGUUGUUCCACCGGGGCAGCGAGCGGAGCGGCAUGAGGGUCGGCCGGGCAGAGAGGAGACAAAGGAAGGCGACUGGGACCCUGGCGGUUGCUGAGGAGGAGAGGGGUGCGCGGUCACUCUCGCAGCCGCGGUCCGCCCCAGGGAGGCACCCCUCACUUCCAACUGGGCAACAGACAGGAGAGGCUGGACGAGCCGAGGGAGCGGGAGCAUGUGGAGGAGGCUCGAGUGUCCAGGAGCUGCAGGGUUUGACCGUGCGAAGCCUGCCGACCUCGGACAUCCACAGACACUACGAGUUCAUUCGAGAGCUGGGAAAGGGGACAUACGGCAAGGUGGAACUCGUCAUUCAUAGAGUCGCAGGAAUGAAAAUGGCUUUAAAGUUUUUGAAUAAAAGUAAAACGAAGCAGAAGAAUUUUCUGAGAGAGUAUAGUGUAACCAACAACCUCUCCUCCAACCCUUUCAUCAUCAAGGUCUUUGACGUUAUCUUUGAGACAGAAGACUGCUACGUGUUUGGCCAGGAGUACGCUCCAGGAGGUGACUUGUUUGACAUCAUCCCCCCUCAGGUGGGUCUGCCUGAAGAAAUGGUGAAGCGCUGUGUUCAGCAGUUGGGAUUGGCCAUUGAUUACAUGCAUAGCAAAAACCUGGUCCACAGGGACAUCAAGCCAGAGAAUGUGCUCCUGUUUGACAAAGAGUGUCGACGGGUCAAGCUGUCCGACUUUGGGAUGACUCGCAAGGUAGGGUGCAGAGUGAAGCGUAUCAGUGGCACCAUCCCCUACACUGCUCCUGAGGUCUGCCAGGCCAACAGGACUGAGGGCUUCCUGGUGGACUGCAGUAUUGACAUCUGGGCCUUUGGUGUCCUGAUCUUCUGCAUGCUGACUGGAAACUUCCCCUGGGAAGCUGCCAUGCCAUCUGACGUGUUCUAUGAGGAAUUUGUGCGGUGGCAAAGAGGUCGUCUGAAUGGGUUUCCUUCGCAGUGGAAAAGGUUCACAGAUGGGGCCCUCCAGAUGUUCGAAAGGUUGCUGGCUGUCAAUCCUGACAAAAGAUGCUCUGUUAAGGAAGUCUUUUAUUUCCUGAAAUGCGACUUGAUGGUGGAAUUGAGGAGAAGGGCUUCUUACCGAUGCAGAACCCACUCCUCUGAUAAAUCAGCUGUGUCCGCACACAGACGUGAGGGAUCGGCUCCCAACAUGCCCACACCUUUGAGAAGAAACCUCCUGUCAGAAGCACCGGGAUCCAGGUUCACAUCCACAUCAACUGAGUCGAGUUUGCAAACAUCUGGGAGCAGGAUGGACGGAAGACAGGACAAGAGCAAAGGCCGAAUGAUUGGUGCAACUGCAAUUGAAAUCUGUGUUUAA